AUGAAAUACGACAAAGUUGAAGGGACAGAAGACGCUAACUCGGAUCACGACCUAACUGAGGGCUUUCUCUAUGACGAGACACCUUCCGCACCAAGACCGCAACGUUUCGGUCGUUUUUUAUGGCUCGUAAUCACUGAGAAUGUUCUCAUCGCCCUCGCCGUCUUCGCCUUAUGGAAGACAUUUGUUCCACCGCGUACAAACCUCCACUAUCAAGUCCUCACCGCGGACAACAAAACUUAUCCAUCGGGCCCGCUGUCCUGGUCGCAGCACUUCGAGGCACUGCCGUGUGGCAAAACGCCUGAGGAGGCGCGAGCCCGAGGAUGCGAAUUUGACAUGCUCGUCACCGCAUGGCUACCACCAAAAUGUAUCGAUCGCGAGCUGGUCGAUGAAUUUUUGGAAUUGGGCAACUGGGACUUCUACGCAAGGCAGGACGGCACGGAAAAGGACAAGUUAAGCACCUACGACCCCGACUUCCUGGGAUCGGUCAACAGAACCAUCUGGACCACAAGACGCUGGCAUGUCACUCAUUGCCUCUUCAUGUUCAAGAAGCUGAGUCGAGCAUUGGUAAAUGGCUGGACGGUGGACGCCGAGGCUGUCUCGGAGCCGCACAUGGAGCAUUGCAUGAAGACGUUUAUUGAACAAGUGUUGUUUGGGCCCAGUCUUGAUCCAAAUGAGAUAGAAACCUACCUGGAAAUCAUCUACCCACCAUGUUGA